AUGCUGACCUGGCUUUCCUGGUGCAUUUCACCCCCUCCAAUGCAACCGGAUGCGUCGCAAUACCUCCUACAACAGUUCGGCCACAAUGUUCAACUACAACACUCCCUCACCGAGUUAUCAGAAGCCUUCAACCACUCUGCUGGUCAUUCGGUUGGAGCGUAUUUACCCCAUGAUAACCAUGGUACUCACAAGGAUCUUAACAGGCAACAACAACAACAACAACAACAACAACAACAACAACAACAACAACAACAACAACAACAACAACAACAACAACAACAACAACAACAACAACAACAACAACAACAACAACACGCCCCACGUGUCCAAGAUGGCCUCUUUCCUGCAGCACCUUGA